AUCAAUAGAGCUUAAAACCGGGGUUGGCUUUUAGUCUAAGCUUGGGAUUGGAUUUAUUUUUCUUUUUUUUUUUUUCUUUUUGUGGUUCUUUUAUCGGUUUAUUUGGUUUUAUUUUCGCCUCUGGUGGGUAGAUAAGAUGCAGGGCUUGAAAAAAAAAAAAAAAAACCAACACCAAAAACCAACCCACAAACCUCGCCGCUUGCUAAAAGGCUUUUGGGGACUUCGGUUUGAGGAGGGGAACAGCCAGCAAGGCUCCUGCCGUCGGCAGCACCCCCCCCCCAAAAUCUCCUCUGGCCCCUUCCCAGCACUGGAGGGGGGGGCUGCAGGGCUUUGUCCCCCCCUCCCCAGCACCGACCUGCUACCUCGGGGAGGGUUUAUCCACCUCCCCGGUUGGAAAGCGGCCGUCGGUUCCGCCCUUGACCGGCCGCCUCGGCGGGUUGCAGGUAUUUUCCAGUCCACGAAGAAGCUGUUCCUGAGCGAGCGAGCGGGCCGGGGUCGGACGCUGGAGUUCAUCCGGAAAAACGCCGCUAACGGGCUCUCCGUGGCCAAUCUGGUGGCGGGGCUCUCCUCCAUCCUCUGCAGCCUCAACAGGCAGUACCACCACUCGUGCUGGCUGCUGCUGGUCGGGUUCCUGCUCGAUUUGGCCGACGGAGCCGUCGCCCGACAGCUCGACGCCUGCUCGGCGCUGGGUGCCAAACUGGAUGAUUUCGCCGACUUCACCACCUUCGGGCUGGCCACGGCGCUGCUGCUGCAGCCGCAGGGCGUCCUGGACGGGCUGCUGGCCAUUGCAUACGUGAUGGCCGUAUUCACUCGCCUGUGCUUCUUCUCCAGUGCAGGGAUCCCCUUCACCUACCGGGGGCUGCCCUGUCCCUACGCCUCCUCGCUGCUGGCGGGCACCUUCCUGCUGACGGGGGGUAACGUCACCCUGCUGCGCGUCGCCGCCAUCGUCAUGAUCCUCUUCAUGGUCGAUCGGGGUUUCUACCCCCACGACAAGGUGCUGGAGUCCCAGCUCUGGAAAAAAUUGGUUUACGCUGGAGGGGUGGCGGCCGUCCUCUUCUUGCCGGCGGCGGUGGCUUCCGUCUAUUGCCUCGCCUGGUCGACAUCCUACAUCAUCUUCCCCUUUGCCAUCUGGAGCUGCAAAGCCUAAACCCCUGCCUCUGCCUAAUGCCUAGUAAAGCCUUCCUCUUCCUCCUCCUCCUCACUCUCGGGUGCCGCCUCCUCUGCCGGGUUCUCCCUUUGCUCUUCUCACCAAAUCUGACCCGCAGCGGGAGCCUGUUUAGAAAAGGGAAAUAACUGAGCAGGAGAAAAGGCCGUGCUUCAGGGGAGCCCCAAAAUUCCCUCCCCACACCCCAUCCCUCGUGGGGGUGUCAGCAAACCCCCAUCCCCCGUUACAAGAACAACAGCCCCGCUCCAGAGACCCCCAGACCAUUCGCUGCGCAGGGGAACGUGACAUUUAGGGAUCACUCGCACUUUACAUUGUUAAUUUAUUACAAGGGGGAGGUUCACACCCCCAAAACAAAGACACCCCUCUCUGCGGGGAGGAAGCCGCCGAUCAGAUUUCCAGAGGGUGUUUGAAACCCGAUGCACCAGCGGUGUUUUGGUACUUAUUAUUUUACCCGUCGCUGUAGGGAAAUAAUCUCUCUAACAUGUUUUAUUUUCUUCCCCUC